AUGCAGCCAAGACAAAUGAGCGAGGGGAAAAUUUCAAAAAUAACUCUUUUACUUCUUAUUAAUGAAAUAAUUAAUUUUAAUAUCAAAUUAGUAAAGGACAAUAUAUUAGAUAGUGUAAGUGAUGGUGAAAAUGUAAAGCAGACUUCCGAUGAAAAAUAUGAAGAAGUAAAAAAUAAGCUAGACAAACAAGAUAACAAACUUGAUAGUAGUAUCCCGAGUCAAAUUGAAAAAAGCAACGACGAUGGGGAUCAAAGCAAACAAAACUGUACUGACAUAGAUGAAGGGAAGCAUCAUACAAAUAUAUUGACAAACAGAUUAAGGGAUAUGGGUAAAGGGAUAGGAAUAAAAUUAAUAGAAAGAAUUUUAAUAUAUAAAAAUGAUAUAGCUGAUAUUAAAGAUAUUAUAAAAAUUAUAGGGAAAGAUAUGUGGCUUAUUAUAUUUAAUAAAACUAUUGAUAAGUUACAAACUUAUAAAAAAAAUAUAUAUAUAAUAGUUGAUAAUGAUAUAAGUAUUUAUUUAAAGCAUAGUAUGAUUGAUAAUGGAACUAAUCAAAAAAAUAAUUUUAUUCAUGCUUUUAUAAUUUUAAUUAUUGGAAUAAUUAAAGGUGUUUUAUCUAGAUUUAAAAUUGAUGCUUGUAUUGCAUAUAACCUAAACUAUCCUGCAUGCUCCUUUCAAAUAAACAUACAUGAUGAAUGA